GUUUUUGUCUUUCUAGUUUUCUAUCGAUGGAAAUAAGGAAACGGAAGAACGCCGACGGCGACGGCGACGGUGGCGCGACAGUUAACAGCGGCGAUGAUCGGAUUCCGUCUAGUGCUUCUUCCAAAUCAAGUCGAGCAACUCGAUCCACGAGGCGGAUAUUCUUACUCUGCCUCGCGUUUCGCGUGGUGAACGCUUUGUUGAUCCAAACGUAUUUCAAUCCAGACGAGCAUUGGCAAUCCCUAGAAGUAGCUCAUCGCACCGUCUUCGGGUAUGGUUACUUGACAUGGGAGUGGAAGAGAGGGAUACGAAGCUACUUGCAUCCAAUGUUAUUCGCUUUCUUGUAUAAGGUUCUUCAUCUCACGGGUCUUGAUACUCCCUACGUUAUGAGCAAAGCCCCACGUCUCAUGCAAUCCGUAUUUUCAGCUUUUGGUGAUCUCUAUUUGUACAAACUCUCUGAUGCUCUCUAUGGAGAAAAUGUUGCAACUUGGUCUCUCUUUUGUCAACUGGCAAACUGGUUCAUGUUCUUCUGUAUGAACCGUACCUUUUCAAAUUGUUUGGAGACUGUACUUACCAUCAUGGGGAUUUACUACUGGCCUUGUAUUAGAGAUCCUUCAAAGGACUAUCCUGUGAAUCGGAAGUGGGGUUUGGUCAUAGCGGCUUUAGCAUGUGCCAUAAGACCAACAAGUGCAAUCAUAUGGUUAUACGUUGGGACGCUUGAGCUAUUUUUGACGCCUAGUAAGGUCAAAUUUGUCGUCCUAGAGGUGAUCCCAGUUGGGUCUUUGGUCCUCGGCUUCACCUGUUUGUUGGACCGUCUGAUGUACGGCUCAUGGGUCAUUGUACCUCUUAAUUUUCUCAAGUUCAAUUUCCUUUCGUCUGGUGGAGACUAUUACGGAACUCACCCAUGGCACUGGUACUUCUCCCAGGGGUUUCUCGUCAUGCUUUUCACUUUCACACCACUCUCCAUUGCUGGAAUUAUCAAGUCUAAGGAUAAGAAGCUUUCAGCUCUUGUUCUAUGGGUUUUAACGGUUUACAGUCUACUCGGCCACAAGGAAUUCAGGUUUGUGCUGCCGGUGCUACCCAUUGCUUUGAUAUUCUCUGGCUAUGCACUUGCUCAAAUUGAGGCAUCUGUUUCAUCAUUAUCUUCAAUAACUACAAAGAAGCAAGUCUCUCGAAAGAAGCACAUCGUCAAGUGGUCUCCUAAACUUAUACUUUCAGUCCUAUUUUUACUUGUGACCAAUGUCCCAAUGGCACUAUACAUGAGUUUAUUCCAUCAGAGAGGGACGGAGGAUGCGAUGAACUACUUAUCGGAAGAAGCAUAUAAAGGGAGAGUAAAGAGCAUUCUCUUUCUCAUGCCAUGCCAUUCCACUCCCUACUAUUCUACUCUCCAUAGUAACAUUCCAAUGCUAUUUCUCGACUGCACGCCAAGUGAAGAGAAGGGAAAACUUGACGAGUCAGACAGAUUCAUGAUGGACCCUUUAGGUAUCGUAUCAGAGUUAGCUGGAAACUGGUCAGAGCCGCCUAGUCACAUUGUGAUGUUUGCAUCAGAAGAAAGGAAACUCAGAGAUUUCAUAAUCCAACAUUCCUUUAGAGAGGUGAAAAGAUUCUUCCACGCGCAUUUCAAGGUUGAUAGAGAUCUUCAGUCCUCGGUGGUCGUCUAUUCUAACAAUAUAGAAGGCUGAUUUUAGGUUUCGUGUCGUUUUUGGUUGGUUUAGCUUCGCAGCUCUUUGAGACGCCGUGUGUUCUAUUGCUUUUUGUAUGAACGACACGAUUUUUCUUAUUUGUUUUUAUCCUUAUUGUAUUAUUAAUGUUUUUUUAUAAGUUUGUAUCA